AUGAACGAAAUGAAAGGCUGCGAGGAGAGUUGCAGUUUUUACUUUAUUUUUGCCCUAUUUACGUUCUUCGUUUGGAUGGACUUGAGUUUUUUCGGCGAAAUAGCCGAACAUGGGUCGUUGUACAAUGCGACCACUGCACAAGAGAUGAUGUUCCCUGUGAAAUCCAUCAAACUACGAAUGCAAGACCACACGAGCCAUUACAUCAACCUUCCUCUCAUGGAACUCGCUGAAGACAAACUCGGAAUCUCGAACAUCCCCGGUGUCACCCCUAACCUGAUCAGUGGAACGCAUUUAUUCUGCGCUAUCGUCGCCGCUAAGUGUAUGACUUCGGGCCAGCUUGGCAUGCGACGUUUUGGAGUGGCAUUAUAUGAACUUCGCUACCAGUUGGACAUCCUGGAUGGCGUCGUAUACAGAGCGCAAGCAAACAAACGGAACUCCUAUGCUUCAGGGUUUGGUUCUAUAGGAUACCUCGUAGACGCCUUUACGGAUUUUUGCGGAGGGAUUUUACUAGCAUUGUCUUGUGCGUUAUUCCUAUCUCGUUAUCCGCCGCUCAAACGUGUGAAAACGCGCAUAUACGGCGACCAAGAACUUGGCCGAAAGUCAAGUUUGAUGUAUGGAGAGGGCGAAGUGGACAAGUUUGUUCACCUUAGUCGUAGAACUGUGAUGGUGAAAAUGUUUCUUGUGACCCUACAGAUAGUGCUGAGAAGCGCAUUGUGGGAUUAUUUUUUACGCAAUUAUCACGAUCUUCUAGAGAGACGAAACCCCCAAAUACCCCAGUUUAUGCAGGAGGAGGUGUUGGACUAUCGUAGUACCUGGCUGGUCAUGUGGUUCUGGAAGCUUUCAAGUGCAGAUGCUGCCCUGCAGUUUACUCUGCUGGCUGUACUAUUUGACAAACUUUGGAUGUGGGUCCAGUUGCUCAACUACAUUGGAUGGAUCCAGUUAGUCAUUGUCGCUCUCAUUUCACAGAUGCACUUAAUGGAGGUUAGAGAAUACCUGCUGGGCGUAUGAGUGUGUGCUUCAUGUUAGGAUGUUGCUUCUAGUAGCCUGGGUCACCAGAAUCUACGCCAUACUUCCCGCCAUUAUGAUACCCAGUAGCUGUUAUCUUUUAAGAUAACAUGGUUAAAGAUAGGUUCAGUAAAUACAAUUAAUGGUCUCUCUGCCGAAUCUUAAAACAAAAGUGUGAGCAAUAGUCUGUAUCAGAUUGCUUACUUUUUAGUGCAACAAAAAAAUCACUGCAAUUCCAAUAGGGAACUAAACCAAUCCUAAUCACUGUAGAAUUGUGCAUUUAUAGGUAUUAUGUGUUAAAAGGAUAAUAUCUGACAAUCCUGCAAUAAGAAAUGAUCCACUUUUUGGCGACCAAAUGAUGCUACCAUCUCCCUAGGUACAAUAUUUGUGAUUUGCCAAUAGAAUUGGAAAGGGGGCUUUGCCUGUUGCAAAAUACAGAGAAAAGGAGAAAAGCAUCUGCCGGGCAGCAAUCUGAGGGCUAGGGAAUUCUAUAGGGGCGGUGGAGUGGUCUCAUAAGUGUGUGUGUGGGGGGGGGGGGGGGGCUGGUUAGUGGUUUCAGGAGGGAGGGGUGGGUGGUAGUUUAAAAUUCUUAUGCGCUAUUUAUAAGGAUGCGGGGGAAUGCAAUGUUUUUAUUCACAGCAUUUUAAACUGUUCAACAAAUUUGUUGUCAGUUGCAUAUUUACCACUUGAAAAAAACGUUCAUAUGUAAAGAAACAUCUGCUCAGAAAGUGAGUGGAUGUUCCUUUAUGUAAUGUUGGGGGUGCUAGCCCACCCCCACCCCACUUUCAAAAGCCCCCUCCCCUUCCGCUGCCAUUGUUCUAAAUUGGGUUCCAUAGAUAUAAAGGUAAACAAAGGCAAUAGAACUCACCCAUGUAUACUUUCCAUCAGGUUUCCUCAGAUCCUGGCAGCCGGUGGAACCGCCAGCUAUUUUCCACAAAGUAGCUCUGGCUACUUUUUAAAAAAAGUUGAUUUAAGUUUACUUGAACUAUUGCAGUUGAGUGCGCCCUUCAGCCUAGUUAUUUCUUCAAAUAAUUUUUUUUCUUUGUCUCGUCCUCCCUUUUUAAAUUAUCCGGUCCAUAAGUUCCAGUAUGGACCUCACACGUUCAAUAAGAGCCAUAUAUGUAUAUGAAACAUUAUUUAUGCAUACACUCUUACAGUACAGUGUAUAAAGAUAACUUGUGUAUCAGAGUAUUGCUGAGAAUUUUAUAUAUACAUUAUACAAAAUACAGUAUUAACAGAAUUUAUUUUUGAUUAAUCUAGCUAACUUUAUGUUGAUUAAUAUAUUAAAUAUUUUUAUUUAAUAGAGAUCAGAAUGGAUAAUUAAAAUAUUUAAUAAGAAAUCAAAAUUAUUUUUCAGAUUAUGUCUUUGUAUUUGCUAAGAUUAUUGCCCUAACUUGCAGAAAAGCUUUUGAUUAUAACCUGAUUAUUGAUUUAGAGCACUUUUCUUGUAGAAGAAAGAUUUUCAAGCUGCCUUAUAAAUAGAAAGUAAUAAGUUUGUGAAAUUUUAAGGAAGAGUAUACUUUAGCAUCUGGUAUUAUGUAGAAAUGAAGUAAAAAAUAAACUGUGAAGAAUGUGUGA